UUAUUUUAUUAGAUUUUUAUACCGCCCUUCUCCCGAAGGACUCAGGGCAGUGUACAGCCAGAAUAAAAUACAGAAUAUAUACAAUUAAAAGAAUUUAAAAUAAACUAUUACUAAACGGCCGAUAAUUUAAAAGAUUUAAAAAUUUAAAAUAUUACUAAAACCCCAAUUUAAAAUCAACUAUUUAUGCCAGUCCUGCUUAAUAUGGAAAAGCAUCAAAACAUAAAACAGUAUAUAAAAAUUAAAAUACUAGAGUUGCAAUUUUAUAAAAUUUGAAAGUUUAAAGAAGUUUAAGGAGGCAAGAAUAAUAAAACCCUGUAAAAUUAGUUGGCAAAGGUAAAGGAAGGGCUCUCAUGGCCCCAGCCAACCCCACAACUGCCUGCCCCUUUGUAGCGAUGGAUGGUCUCGCCCAGCGGUUUCAUGUAGAUGUUCAAAAGGAGCGGAGAAAGCACUGAGCCCUGUGGCUCCCCACACAAAGCAGGGUCUGUGAGCUGGACCUCUUGCCCCCUAUUACCACUGAUUGGGACCGGCCUUGAAGGAAGAAGGUCAACCAUCACAAAACUGGGCCACCCAACUCCUUAAGUUGACCCAAAAGGACACCAUGGUUGAUAGCACGGAGAGCUUCCAAGUGGUCAAGAAGAGCAAGGAUGGACGCACCACUUCCUUCCCACCCCUGCUAGAGACCGUCCAUGAGUGGACCAAUGCAGUUUCGGUCCCAUAUCUGGCCCUGAAACCUGAUGGAAAAGGAUCCCGACCUUCCAUUUCCUCCAGGAUCUUCUGUAGUUGCAAUGCCACCAAUUUCUCAACCACCUUCCUUAAAAAGGGGAGGUAGAGACUGGACAAAAAUUGUCCAGAGUGGUUGGCUCCAGCAAUGGUUUCUUGAGCGGUAGGCACACUGGUGCCUCUCUGAAAGAAGUUGUGAUCACCCUCUCCAACAAGGAUGAGUUCACCACCGCUUGGACCCAACCAUACGAUGCCUCCUGGGCGGCCUUAACCAGCCAAGAGGGGCUCAGAUCUAACCUGCAGGUGGUGGCAUUUGAAUUCUGCAGGGUCCUGUCCACUUCCUCCGUUCCAACAGAACCAAGCCAUUCCCAGAGAAGUGGGUAAGUCUGCUCCCAGGGCAUCUACACAGGACUUGUACCACACUGGGAAUGAAUCUGAGCAAUUCCAUCCUCCAGGUGCCUGGAAAAUUUCUCUGCAUGGCCUUGUAGGUGGAUCUCUGGGCCAGCCUUUCCAAGGAGGGUCUGAAUGACCCUAAACAGGGCUGCUGGGUGGAUGCCAUAAGGACAGAGAUGUAGGGGCACUUUGCCACCCACUACCACAAGAUGAACAUGAGUAGUGGCUUUAACUCGUGUUCAGUCAAGCUCAUUUUUCAUUUUCUUCCAGUGACGCUCUGGGCGUCUUUUCAACUCCUUCAUGAACCCUAUGGAGAAAGGAGGCUGAUGGGCCAGGAGAGACUGCACAAGCGGGAUCCUAUUAAGGGCCCAGCAGAUUCCCUGUUCCAGGCAGCUGCCAUAGGCUCUGCAGGACCAAGUGGCAGAUCGGCAGGAUUUCCCCCAGCUCUCUUUGGAACCCCAUUGGGUCCAUUAGUCACUGGGGGAGGGGGAGGCCAAUCAAAUGGCCCCAGCCUGCCUGCAGAGUGGGUAUAGCUCAGUAUAUUAUUAGAAUUUAUUUUAAUUUGGGUAUCUUAUAAAACAUAGAUUCUAUGCAUAAAUGAACCCAAACAUCAGAUGUAUCAAGCCAUCGGUUGGAUCCUAGUCUAAGAAUUGUUUCCAGUUCUAGUUGAAAUUUACUUUUAAGGUGCGAAGUUAUUUUAGACACUUUCUCAGGUCCCAGUGGGGCACAAAAGGGACCCCGGGUUGGGCAGUAGCAGCAACCUUGAGAAACAGAAGGAAGGGCAGCAGCCAAGGUGAUGCUCAGAGAAAAGAAAUUUGGGUCCAAGGCAGAAAGGGAAUUUGAGAAAGCAUCUCAAAAGAUAAGGGGGUGGGGGGCAUAUUCAGGCUUGGAGGAGUCUGUUACUGUAACCUUACAGCAAAGUAACAUUUGCAUUUGUGACUUUGGUCUCCACGUCUGUUCUGCCUUGAAGGGCUGACAGUCCCUUUUUCUGGGACCACGUGUGGCUGCAUACCUGCAGCCACGCAUGCUGGCCCUACAUAAAUAAGGCAGCCCAGGUGUCUUGAAGAAGAGGGCUGUGACGCCUCCAGGUCAAGGACCUUGGGUCAAGACCAAGGAAACCGGCAGAAUGCUGGAUGGGCUCCCAGAAGCUCUGGGCAGGUGCCUCCCCAAGUGGGAGGGAAGCGAUGUCCAGGGUUCGAGAGCUGCGGAGCUUCGGUGUUCAACCUGGGCAUCCAGCUCAGAGUCCUGGGGGCCAAAGAGGCUGCACUCUGGCCAGCUCCACCACGUGCUGAGUUUGCCUUCAACCAUGGCAUCGCUCGGUGAGCAGCUGCUGGUCUGUUGCAGGACGUGUCCGGAAAUGCUGCUUUUCUUGCCUUCACCCCGUUUGGAUUUGUGGUCCUGCAGGGAAACAAGCGAGUUCACUUCAUCAAAUGAGCCUGUUCCACGCUGCGUGUGGGCCUGCCCUUGUCAUGCGAUGCAGGAGGGUUUGAGACGGUUUCCUCUUUCAUGGAAGUGCUUCUCUCUCGCUUGCAGGAACGAAGUGGCCAAAAUGAAAUUUGAAGGCAAGACGUUCUAUUUAUACGUAAGUCAGAAAGAGGAAAAGAAAAUUGUUCUGACCUAUUUUGCUCCGACUCCUGAAGCCUGCAAGCAUCUAUGGAAAUGUGGGAUUGAAAAUCAAGCCUUUUAUAAGUUGGAGAAGUCCAGUCAAGUUCGCACCGUCUCCAGCAGCAACUUAUUUUUCAAAGGGAGCCGCUUCCGAUACAGUGGCCGAGUUGCCAAAGAAGUGAUGGAGUCUAGUGCCAAAAUUAAGAGGGAGCCUCCAGAAAUACACAGGGCUGGACUGGUUCCCAGCCGUAGCUGCCCCUCCAUCCCCCACGGACCCCGGCUCAGCAGCGUUCCCAGGACCAGGAGGAGGGCUGUCCACAUCUCCAUCAUGGAAGGCCUCGAGUCUUUGCGGGACAGCGCUCACUCCACCCCGGUCAGGUCGACAUCUCAUAGCGACGCCUUCUUGCUCCACUCACGGAGCGGCAGGGCGGAGAGCAACGAGCGUGUGGCAAUCAUCUCAGAUGAGGUCUACAGUCCAUCGGACAGCGUGCUGCCCACUCCGGUGGCUGAAGAGAGCCUGGAACUGAUGCUGCUGUCCCGGCCGGUUAAUGGCACCCCUUGCAGCAUAGAGGAAGAGGAGUCGGAAGCCGGCGCUCCAGCGGGGGAGGCAGAGGAGCUGGGAAGGGACCUCCGGGCCUUGUGCAGCAGUGGAGGAGCCCAAGCAGAACAGGUGAAUAAGUUUGUUUUAAGUGUCCUCCGUCUGCUCCUUGUGACAGUCGGACUCCUCUUGGUUUUGCUCCUUCUCCUGAUCAUCCUUACAGAGUCUGACCUUGACGUUGCCUUUUUCCGUGAUAUUCGCCAGACCCCCGAGUUUGAACAAUUCCAUUACCAAUACUUUUGUCCCCUCAGGCGAUGGUUUGCCUGCAAAAUCCGCUCCGUACUCAGCCUGCUCAAUGAUACCUGAAGGCAGUUGUCCUAGUAACUAGCCGGGCGGACUGUGGAAGAUCCCUGCUGCCCAUUCCCAGAAAACGGGGCUCAUCGUGGCGCCAUCAACACAUAAACUAAGUCCUCCUCCUCCUCCUCCUCUCAUGACUCAAAGCACGCUGCAGCCCAGGAGGGUGGUUUCCCAGCCGAAGAUAAGGACAGACUCAUGCCAGAUCAAACCCACCACGUAAUCACUUUCUUUGCAGGUCCUCUUGGGGGAAGCUCCUUCAAAGUUCUGCACUCUUCAAAUUUAGUUUUGCUUUCGUAGAGGUGUUAACUGCAGAAACUUCAAGUAGAAAGAGCUUAUUUUUAUUAUUACUAGCAUUGGACUAAAUGCCAGCCUUCAGCUGGGACACCAGUUCAUGAAGACAGCUGUUACUUUAUGCAGGAGCUUUUGUAAUGGUGCUACUGAGUUGUAAGUUUAAUAAUAUAGUAUUAUUUUAUUAAAACUGUCACUGUGCAUAGCACUACCAACUUGGACAUGGACAUUGAAAAUA